AUGCAGUUCAAGGCGAUCGUCCUGCUGUUGAGCGCCUCGGCCUCGCUCGCUGCGGCCCAGAGCGUCGAUCCCGCCGUGCCCUCUGUCGCGCCUGAGGUGCCCCCUGGUGAUGGAGUUGGGGAGGUGCCCGUCCUGGCGCCCGAGCCGGGAAACGACAACGAGGGUGUGCCCGCUGUCGGGGUCCCCGCGCCCGAGGUCCCAGCUGGUGACGUUGCCGCUCCUGAGGUUCCCGCUGCCCCCGAGGUGCCAGUCGAGCAGCCGGUGGCCGACCUCCCUGAUGCCGACCAGGACGGGAUUCCUGACGGCGCCGAGACUGGUGGACAGGGCGCCGAGUUGCGGCCCCUGCCUGGCUUGCAGGAGACCGUUGGUGAGCUGAGACCGCUGCCCGGCACCGGUGGCGAGCAGACCGAGGAUGUUCAGCCGCCGGAAGGUGCUGAGCCGGUUCAGUCUGCUCUGCCCGUUGCAUCUUCCGCGCCAGCCGAGUCCUCUCUGCCGGCCGCGUCUUCGGCCCCCAUCCCAUCUGAGGCGUCAUCCGCCCUUCCGCUCGAGUCUCCCGCCCCAGUUGAGGGAGUCGACCCCUUGCGGCCUAUUGCGCCGGCCGACCCUCUCCAGUCUUCCGAGUCGGCAUCUAGCAUUUUGGAAGGGGCCAUUCCCACCCUCGUGCCCCUGCUGCCGAGCAGCGCCGUGCCGUCGGUCGACCCCGCCUCGUCGUUCCCAUCCGCCAGCGAGUCGGCCGUUCCCAGCCUGCCCCUCGACAUUACCGACCCUCCAGCGCCAUCGGCGGCGUCCAGCGAGCUUGUUGUUCCGAGUGCCUCUUCCGACCUGCUCGAGCCCUCGGUGUCGGUAUCUCUCGUCGAAUCCGCCAUUCCGUCCCCGCCUCUAGCAGCACCCCUCGUACCAUCCGCGCCAGCCGCUCCCCUGGUACCCGUCGCACCCGUCGAGAGCCUGCCCGUGAUCCCCACAAACGCCACUUUCUCCCAGGUUCCCAAGAUCCCCCCACCUCAACAGGUCCAAACGCCAGAGCCCAUCCCAGCUCUGCCCGCCGGCGACGCCCUCCCGAGCGCCGCCCCCUCCGCCGUCAUCGGCAACGGCACCGCCCCCGUCGCGCCCCCGCUGCUCCCGUUCCCGGUGACGCGGAGGAGCGGUGAGCUCCAGGACCGGCCUGCGGGUGACGAGGGGGCCGCCGACGAGGAGCAGGACGGUGGCGAGGGCGAUGAGGAAGGAGACGAGGAGGAUUCUGGUUCCGAUUCAGAUGAGGAGUCAGACUCGGACUCGGGCUCGGACUCUGAUGAGGAUUCUUCCUCUGAUGAGGAGGCAUCUGGCGACGACGAGGAAUCUGGUGACGACGAGGAAUCUGGCGAUGAAGAAGAAGAAUCUGGUGAUGGCGAAGACGAAGAGGAAGAAGAAGGAGAAGAAGAGGGGGCCUCAGACGACGGAGGAGACAAUGCAGAUGAAGGAGAUGACCAGGGGGGGUCGGGCAACGGCGCCGGUAGCGGUGUCGGCUCUGGCGCCCAAAGCUCUGCGCUCCUCGCGCCAACCGGCCUCGCUCCGAACCGAACGGCCACUCUUCCCGGUACGCUUCUGGUGGCGACGUCGUCUUUCGGCGCGGACCGCACGAUGCAGACGUCGCUGCGCCUCGCGACCGGCGUGUCGGCCGAGGUGACGGCACCGUCGAACGGUGGGCUGGAGGCCGUGACGACGGGGGCGAGCGGCGGAACGCUCAAUGCCGAGGAUGAUCAGGGAGCUGGCGUGCGGGUCGGCGUCACGGGCUUCGCUGGCAUGAUUGUCAUGGCGGCUGUUGUCUUUGUUCUUUAG